AUGUCUGAACUUGAUUCCCAGGUCCCUACUGCCUUUGAUCCGUUUGCUGAUGCGAAUGCUGAGGACUCCGGUGCAGGAACAAAGGAGUACGUUCACAUCCGUGUUCAGCAGCGGAAUGGUAGGAAAAGCUUGACAACGGUCCAGGGGCUGAAGAAAGAGUAUAGCUACAGCAAGAUACUUAAGGACCUCAAGAAAGAAUUCUGCUGCAACGGAACUGUGGUUCAAGACCCUGAACUGGGACAGGUUAUUCAGCUUCAAGGUGACCAGAGGAAGAACGUCUCUACGUUCCUUGUCCAGGCUGGUCUUGUGAAGAAGGAUAACAUCAAGAUCCAUGGUUUCUGA